UUCAAAGUUCAAACUUUGCAGUGACUUUGUUGAAUUUAAAUUUAUCAAACUUAUUGUAAUAUUAUAAUAUAAUAAUAUUAUAACUUGCUCGUUUUCAGUUAUUCUGUCAUCUAUAUUUAUUUAUUUACUGAUUAUUGGACCAUUCAUUGCAAAAAACCAAGAAUGUCUAUUGGAAGUGUAUAUGAAACAGCAUAUAGAGGUGAUUUUAAUCAAGUAAAGGUUAAAAUUGAUGCUGACUCGUCUUUAAUAUCGACACCAGAUGAAAAUAAACGUCUUCUCAUACACUGGGCAGCUCUUGGUGGUAAUGAGAACCUAGUAGACUAUUUGCUUGAUUUAGGAAGUGUGGUUGAUGCUCUUGAUGAUACAAAUAGUACUCCUUUAAUAUUAGCUGCGUCAGCAGGCAGGUUGGAAGUGGUAAGACUUUUAAUAGGUAAAGGUGCAAAUGUCAAUCACAAAACAAGUCGGGGUCAAACUUCCUUGCAUUAUGCUUGUUCCAAAGGACAUAGAGAGGUAGUGAAAUUAUUAAUAGAAGCAGAUGCUAUAGUGUCAGAGGCAGAUGUGUUAGGUGCUACACCUCUUCACAGAGCAGCCGCCCAAGGAAGAAUGGAAAUAGUUGAAAUGCUAACAAAAUGUCCACAUUUCAAAGUUGAUGCAUGUGAUUCUACUGGAAAUACUGCAUUACAUUUGUCAUGUGAGGAGGAUAGAGAGGCAGUGGCUUGUUUAUUAGUGAAGGCUGGUGCCAGUCUUGAAAUACAGAAUAAGGAAAAGAAAACGCCUUUGGAUCUCUGUUCUAAUAAAUUAAGGCAAUUAUUGAUUAACUUGAGCUCAUAAACUUCAAUAAUAAAUCUUUUGCUACAA